AUGGAGGAUGUUGCUGUGACCUCAAUUGUUGAGGAUUUAGAAUCUGAUUCUACGGAGCUUUUAAAAUCCAUCGAAAAAGAUUUGGAACAGCAUUUACAAACCAUUCCUAUUGAAGAAUACGAAAAUAUUAAAAAAGUCGGUCAAGGUACAUUCGGCGAGGUCUUUAAAGUUAGAGAGAAACGUACUAAUAAGAUAUAUGCUGUCAAGCGCCUGCGAACAGAGAAAGAAGUCGAAGGAUUUCCUUUGACAUCUCUUCGCGAAGUAAUUAUACUUCAACAGCUGAAUCACAAAAAUAUAGUACGUCUUCAUGGAAUUUGUCACAAACGCAAUAAUAAUCCCAACUCCUCUCGUUAUGACUUUUUCUUGCUCUUUGAAUUUUGUGACCAUGAUCUCUCUGGCCUUCUUACUCAAAAAGCCGACCUAACUUUACCGGUUAGGAAAAGCAUCGCUAAGCAACUCUUAACUGGAAUCCAGUACCUUCAUUCUAACGACAUCCUGCAUCGUGAUUUGAAGGCAUCAAAUAUAUUGAUUGAUGGGGGUGGACACUUAAAAAUUGCCGAUUUCGGUCUAGCUCGGUUUGCAGCAAAACCAAUGAGAAAGGACAAACGUCCACAGUAUACAGCAACAGUGGUUACUUUGUGGUAUCGACCUCCCGAAGUCCUCUUAACAGAUCGAUCUUAUGGAAAACCUGUUGAUAUAUGGGGCGCUGGUUGUAUUAUCGCUGAACUCUGGACCCGUUGUCCCAUUUUGCAAGGUGAUAAUGAACUUGCCCAAAUCAAACUCAUUCUUGCUCUAUGUGGAUCAAUAUCGCCAAAAUUAUGGCCGGGUGUUGAACAUUUAGACUUCUAUAAAAAAACUACCAACGUCCAGUGGGAGUGUAGACGUACCCUUCGGGAACGCCUAGGUCCAUCAAUAACAACUCCUUCUGCGCUUGAUUUAGUCGAUCGUUUGCUCGUUUGCAAUCCGUCUCAGCGUCUAACCGCCGACCAGGCUCUCGCGCACGAAUUCUUCCAGGAAGACCCUCCUCCCGGUGAUUUGUCUUACCUUUCCCACAAUGGCGCUUCCUAUCUCGAAUACAUUUCUAGGCAACAGCAAAGGCAACAACAGGAGCAACGAAUGAGACAUCAAUCUCGUGGACCUGGUUUACCACCAGGAUACCGUGGUGGUGCACGUGGUGGCCUGCCUGUCACUGCUGGAGCGAUCAAUAAUCAUGUUGAAAGCAGCAUGAGUUUUGAUCGAGUCUAUUAA